AAUAAUAAAACAACCGAUCCAGGAGAACCAUGUGUUUCAUGUUAAGGACGGACGAGAAGCGAGCGGUUGCCCCUUGCUGAGCAGGACCUAAAUUCCGGCGGUGUUUCGGAUGGUUUUUUUCAAACCGCGAUGCGAGUUAGGUCGAAGAAAAAUAAAAAAGGCAGGGGUUCGUUGCGCUGUCUUCGGAAUGGCCAAUUAUCCUAUGCAGCGAUCCGUUUCGCGCGAGAAAAUAAGUUCGCACUUGAUUAUCUGCACUGCGCCUGUGAAACAAGGCGUAGAUUAUGGCUUGAUUUCGUGCGACCGUUCGGAAAUUUCAAAUAUGGGUUGGUUGGUUGGUUGAUUGGUUGGAUGCAGGUUGCAGAUGCAGUCUGCAGCGUCGUGUGGUUUGUGAACCGUGACCGUUCGAGAUUAUGGGCGCACGAAUUCCAGCUGCCUUACCCUUACCCCAUGUUCAUCUAUAUGGUCCGCGUCCAUGCCAUCGUGCAACACUCGGUCUGCAGAUCGGAAUCUCUGGAAUGCCAUUUCCUCGUUUCCAGCCGUCGCGGUCUGGUCUGGUCUGUCUGAUGAUGAGCCUGUCUUGAUUCUUAAGGCAGAACCCCGGAUUGGUCGAUAAUCGCCACCGCCACCUGACCAGGUUCUGAUCACGAACACCUACAGGGGGGGCGUCGAAUGCUUGUGAUGAACCGAAAGGGUGAUACCAGGAUUUCACCCCUUAAUAGAGUUUCUCGGCUUAUUCUUCAUCCACAUCACCCUGCUGCGUAGACAUCCAUUCCUCCAUGAGAGCCUGCCGCGAAGGCUCCGACGGC